AUGGAGUCGGUGCUGGCGGAGCUGCUGCUGUCGCCGGACCGGGACCCCCGGGCCGUGCUGGCGCCGCUGUGCGGCGGGGAGGCGUCGGCCGAGCGCGUGGAGGCGCUGCGCUUCCUGCUGCAGCGGCUGGAGGCGCGGGGCGCGGGCGCGCUGUGCGCGGAGGCGGCGCGGGAGGUGGCGGCGGGGUUCCUGGUGCCGCUGCUGCGCGGGCGCCCCGGGGCCGCCGGAGCCCCCGGGCCCCCCGGGCCCCCCGAGCCCCCCGGGCGGCGCGCGCGCGUGCUGCGGGCGGCGGGCGCGGCGCUGCGCUCGUGCGCGCGGCUGGCGGGGGCCCCGCCGCUGGCCGCCGCGCUGGCCGAGGAGGCGCUGCGGGAGCUGCGCGCGGGGCCGGGCGGCGCCGAGGCGGCCCUGGAGCUGCUGGCGGCCGUCGGGCCCGGCCUGCGGCCCCGCGAGGACGCGCCGCUGCUGGGGCGCGUGGCGCGGGCCGCCGCCGCCCUGGCGCUGGCCGGGGACGCGGGCCCCGAGGGCGCGGCGGCCGCGCGGCUGCUGGCGGCGCUGGGCCGGGGCGGCGGCGCCGCGCUGCGGGCCGUGUGGGACGCGCUGGCCGCCCCGGCGGCGCCCGCGGGGCCCGGCCGCCUGGCCGCCGAGCUGCAGGUGCUGAGCGCGCUGGCCGAGCGGCUGCUGCCCGAGCCCGGCGCCCGCCCCGGGGGCCCCGACGCGCGGCGCUGCGCCCGCUUCUGGAGCGCCGUGCGGGCCGGGCUGGGCCGCGCCGACGACGCCCUGACGCGCCGGCGCGCGCGCUUCCUGCUGCGGCGCGCCGUGGAGGUCUCGGCGGCGCCCGGCGCCGACCGCGCCUGCGCCUGCGCAGACCCCGCCGGCACCGGCCCAAGUCUGUUUUGGUGGUCUGAGAAGAAAAAAGACGAGCUUCUAAAAUUUUGGGAAACUUAUAUUUUAAUUAUGGAAACCCUAGAAGGAAAUCAGAUACAUGUUAUAAAGCCAGUCUUACCAAAGCUAAACAAUCUGUUUGACUAUGCAGUGUCAGAGGAGAAUGGCUGUUGGCUUUUCCACCCCUCCUGGCACGUGUGUAUUUAUAAAAGAAUGUUUGAGAGUGAAAACAAAGCUCUGACCAAAGAAGGCGUUACCCAUUUUCUGGAGCUGUAUGAAACGAAGCCACUUCCAUUUUCUCCAGAGCUUUUCGAGUUUAUUAUUGGCCCACUGAUGGACGCGCUUUCAGAGAGUUCUCUGUAUGGCAGGUCCCCAGGCCAGCCGCUAGGAAGUGGUUCUCCACUGGGAUUAAAGUUGCAGAUGUUUUUAGUCACUUACGUUUCUCUUCUUCCUGAAGACGUAAAGAGGAGCUUCCUCCUCAAGUUUCUCCAGAGGAUGACAGACAGACACUGGUGUGCGGUGCCCAUUCUGUUUCUGUCGAAGGCUUUGGCGAGCGUGCCGAGACGGAGGGCCCUGGGCACCGAAGGGCUCCUGGCCCUCAGGGAUGUUAUGCAGUGUACCAUGAUCACGCAUCAGACUCUGCUGAGAGGAGCUGCGCAGUGCUAUCUUCUGCAGACCGCUAUGCAUUUGCUGGAUGUGGAGCAAGUGUCACUCUCUGAAGUCUCGACUUUUCUCGCAACUCUGAGGCAAGAGGAGUCUUUGGGACGAGGAACCACACUGUGGGCAGAGCUCUGUGAGUGGUUACAUGCUAACGAGCAAUGCUUUCGGCCGUCCCCAGCAGGCUGUGCGGAACCCCAGGAGACCUCUGUAAAUGCCUUCGUGAGGAACCUUGUUCACGAGUAUGUCAAGUCACCGGGGUGGGAGGCCGAGGAAAGCUGCUGCGUGCCUGACUGGUCAGAAGCCCGGCUGACAGCCCUGAUGGUCCUACUGGCUGUUGAUGUGGAGGGAAGGAAGACGCCCUUCAGCGAGACGCAGAGGACGCGGAACGUGUUGCGGAUCUUCUUGGACCCCCUGCUGGAUGUCCUGGGGAAGCUGGGCACCAACGCCUACGUGCCCUUGCUGCGGGCGGACAGAUGCCUCCAGCUGCUGCUGGAGCUGCUGCGCGCGAGCCCCGCCAGAGCCCCCGCCGCCCAGGACGAUGAGGUGCCUGCCCUUCUCGAGAACUUCAUCUUGUCCACCACGGAGAGCGUGGCCCCGUUCAUUCUCAGGAGACUCACCGUGGACGAGCUGCGGGGCCUUGCAGAUCUGGAUCGCUGCCGGCUCCACCUGCGGGUGCUCACUCAGCUCGCCAGCCUCCACACGAAGGCGGGGUGGAGAAGGGGGAACCCCGUUUGCAGAAUCAUCCCUCCUCUGAGGAACGCGUGCGUGCGGCACCUGCAGGAGACGGGCGACGGACAGGAGCCCACCCUCGCUCGUCAGAUCCAGAGAGCCGUCAGCAUGGCCGCCCUGGCCGCCGUGUGGGAGGCCGCUGACCAGCAGCCUGCGCUCCGGCCGGAGGCCCUGGAGGCCGGGCCGGUGGACAGCUUCCUUUCUGCUCUUCCGCUCAACCGGACGCUGGAAAAGCCCCGCGCCGAGGCGCGGAGCUGCGCGCGCCCCCCGGGAAGCGGCGGCUGCCGUGAGGAGUUACCGUCCUCGUCCCGAGGAUGGGGGAGAAUCGUCGCCCAGUUCAUCCACGACCAGUGGGUCUGCCUGUCCUUCCUGCUGAAGACCCACCAGGCCCUCAUCCCUGCGUCCAUCGGGCCCCUGCGGGCCGCGCUGGACGCCCUGGCCGUCCUCCCUGCCGGCCAGGUCUCACCUGUGUUCCACUGCCUGAAGAUGCUGGUCCCUGGGCUCCUGGCCUCCUCUGAGCCGCUCUGCAGCGAGUCCUUCGACGUGGCGUGGAGAGUGACGUCUUCCUCGAGCACCACUCAGCUGACGUUCUGGCCUAAUUUGAAAGCCUUUGUUCAGUUUGUUUUUGAUGACAAAGUUCUUGCUGCUGCCGCCAAAAUCAAGGGCCAGGCUUACCUGAAAAUAAAGGAGAUCAUGCACAGCAUCAUUGAGAUGUCGGCUCUGAGGACCGGGGUCUUCAACGUGCUGAUAGCUCACUGCUGCCGCACGUGGGCGCUGGCCGCCCGUGCGUCCCGCGGGGACCCGUGGGUGGCCACGAGCUACUGCGAGCUGCUCCUGGAGGCCUGCCUGUUCGGACCUGUGUUCCGCCGUGAUCAGAGAUUGAUUCAGGAUGUCCAGACAUUCAUAGAAAGCCUGGGGCCUGACUGUGCGGCCAAUGUCGUCAUGGAAAGUACCAGAAGAGAAGACUGUUACGUGAGAAUUUGUGCUGUCAAAUUCUUGUGCUUAUUGGAUGAGUCCGACGUUUCCCAGAGGUCGUUCAUGGAGGAGCUUGCGAUCAGGUUACUGGAUAAAGACGAGCUGGCGGCCAAGUCCAGCGCGCGGGUGUACGAGAACUCCCUGCAGCACCGGCUGAAGAACCGCACGUGGCAGACGCUGCUCGUCCUCCUCCCCAGGCUGGGUCAGGACUUCCUGAGCGGAAUCGUGGAGCGGGUCCUGCGGGCCGGCUUCGCCCCCGGCCAGGCUUCCGUCAAGUACUCGGUGCAGUGGGUCAUCGUCCUGCUGCUCCACAGGUUCCCCCAGUUCCUCCCCAGCUUCUGGGGCUGCUUGUCCUCGGGUGAAGAGAAGCCCAGCGCGAGCGUCUGCACCUUCUUGUCUGUUCUGUCUCAUUUGGACGUCAUCAUUGAAAACGUUCCGGAAAAGAAGCCGGUGCUGAAGCAGGCCCUUGCUGUCGCGGUGCGGUGGUGUGUCAGCCACAACUUCAGCGUCCGGCUGCACGCGCUGGUGUCCCUCAAGAAAGUGUGGCAGCUGUGUGGAGCGAUGGGCGUGGACGAGCGUGCGCCGUGGACGUCGGUGCUGGAGGGGGGCCUGAGCCAGGCGGGAAGCUCGCACGCCGCAGGGAACGCCAGCAGGAACUGGCAGCGCGUCCAGGAGCACUUCUUCUUUGCACGGUUCCACCCGCUGGAGGACUACUGUCUGGAGAGCGUCUUUCACAGCCUGCCGCGGCUGGCGGGCCUGGCGGAGGAGGAGUGGCUGCCCCUCGCCAAGUUCCGCAGCUUCACCGACCUGCCCGACGCCGCCGACGCCCGGUGGUACGGCUCCAGCGCGCUCCGCGACCUCCCCCCGGGGACUGCCGGCUCUCCGGUGGACGACACGGACGGCUGGGCGGAGGGGGCCAAUGUGCAGAAGAAGAUCAUUCCGUGGAGACUCGGCGCCUUGGACGCAGAGCUGGAGGUGGAGGCCCAGGACCGAGCGGCCCGGCUCGGGAAGGCCGUGGGCAGACUCGUCGUAGUGGCCUCGCUCCUCGACAAGCCCACCAACUUAGGAGGGCUGUGCCGGACCUGCGAGGUGUUCGGGGCUGCCGCGCUGGUGGUGGGCAGCCUCCAGUGCGUCCACGACCCGCAGUUCCAGCACCUCAGCGUCUCCGCAGAGCAGUGGCUGCCGCUCCUGGAGGUGAAACCCGCACAGCUGGCUGAGUACCUGCAGCAGAAGAAAGCAGAAGGCUACACCAUCGUCGGGGUGGAGCAGACGGCCAAGAGCUCCGAGCUGGACCAGUACUGCUUCCCGGAGAAGUCGCUGCUCCUGUUAGGGAACGAGCGGGAAGGGAUCCCGGCCAGGCUGCUCCAGCAGCUGGACGCCUGCGUGGAGAUCCCGCAGCAGGGCGUGGUCCGCUCCCUGAACGUGCACGUGAGCGCGGCGCUGCUGAUUUGGGAGUACACGCGGCAGUGGGCUAGGCCUGCGCGCGCCCCGCCCUCCGCGGAGCAGAGCCCCACGAGCUGAGCGCCAUCCCCAAAUGGGCUGGGAGGACUGAAUAAGCCGUCUUGUGCCUUAAUUUACCCAUGCCAGUCCUGGGCUUGAACUCGGGGCCUGGGGGCUCAAGGCUAGCCCUCUACCACUUGAGCCUCAGCCCUACUUCCGGCUUAUUUGGUGAUUACCUCUCAGGCGUUCUCAGGCGUUACCUCCCAGGCUGGCUUUGAACCUCAGUCCUUUCUCAGCCUCCUGAGUAGCUUGCAGGUAUAAACUGCUGGUGCCUACCUUUCAGUAAACGCUUUUACCUAACCUGGAAUGCCUUUUUAGGAGAAAUUUCAAGUAACUUUAAAUAAACAUAUAUUUUUUUUAAGUUA